UCCCUGCUGUCAAAGCCUGGAAUCGCAGAUAACAAGGAGGACGUGUUUGUCUUUGACGUUUGUUCGCUCGAUCGCUUCUGCUAAGAGGGCGACUCCCCGGCGACAUCCAGAUCCGCGUCAGACAAUCGACUUUACCUGUCAAAGUCCCAGGACUACUUUUUUCGGUGAAAGUUCAAGACAGUAAGAGUCACAGCCGUGAGCAUGGACGGCAUCCCGGCCGGCUAUGAGAUGCCACCUUACAUGCAGUACCAGUUUACGAACAGAGACAGCAUAGGUAACAUCUCGACCGCCUCGUCCUCCUGCUCCAGCUCCCCAGGCACUCCAGCUCCAUCGGGACACCGUUACCCAGCGCCUGGCAAGUCGAAGAAGCGAGUGGAGAAAGACACGGAGGAGUACAAAGAGAGGCGCCAGAGGAACAACAUCGCGGUGCGGAAAAGCAGGGAUAAGGCCAAGAAGCGCAACAUGGAGACCCAGUACAAGGUCCUCGAGCUCUCCGCGGAGAACGAACGCCUGCAGAAGCGCGUCGAGCACCUGUCCAGGGAACUGGCCACUCUGCGGAGUUUGCUGUCCGCUAGCGGGCACUGCUAAGCCGGGGCCUCCCUCGCUGGCACCUCACGAGGGGGUUACGCAACGCACAGAGACUCUCUUAAGAGGUGCGAGCGGCUAGGAACUGUGACCCGGCCGGGAGGCCAGCCAGCUGCAGCCCACCAACUUCUCUUAAGUAUUUCACUUUGGAAUGCCUGUUUACUUAAACCUGGUGAACGGAAGCCAAGAGGUCCUGGAGUUCGGUCGUCUGACGAAAGAAACUUUUUUUUAAUUAUUUUUUCAAAAAGAUACUGUAAGUGACGCAAUCUUGAGCAAUACCGCAGCUUGUGAAAUCAGGGUGUCAGUGGACGUGGAGACAAACAGCUCCGCGGGCAGCAACCAAAUCCGAACUGAGAGGCACAGGCGCGUUGUCUUCAUGUGAAACUGUCACGGUUUAGAUACUGUAACUUUUUUAAAAUAUGGAAUUAAAUUGCAGUUAUUUUCAAAACCAA